AUGAAUGAAAAAUUAUGUAAACCAGAUUUAACUGCUUACUGUCUCGUUCGUCGUUUUCGCUGUAUUGUCGCGCUCUCACUCACAGCACUUGCGGUUGCUAAUUCAAUUCAAUUCGAUUUGAAAAAUAUUUAUCAGAAUUAUGCUUUAAGGGAAAAGGGAAAAGUUUCUUUAACAGGUUUAAGAUUAUGGAUAAAAAAAAUUAGAGCACAUUGA